AUGAAUAUCCUACACUCUACUCUAUCAACUUGGAGGGACCGUCUAGCUCCGGUCUCGCGCACUUCCACCUUCCGCAACACUGGCCAAAUAACACCAGAGGAGUUUGUCCUCGCUGGAGACUAUCUAGUAUACAAGUUCCCUACAUGGUCAUGGGCCGAUGCAUCAAGUCCAGCGAAACGAGUUUCUUAUCUGCCGAACGAUAAACAGUUCUUGGUCACCCGCGGAGUACCUUGCCACCGAAGACUGAACGACAACUUCGCCGGAGAUGCAGGACUCGAGGAUGAAAUCGUGAGGGACUUCCUCUCUGGUGGUGAUGGUGGUGAAGCAACAUCUGGAGAUGGAGAGGACGGGUGGCUGCGGACUGGCGGUGGCCGCGACGCUGGGGCGGACCGCGAUAAGCAGGAGGCUCGGAUCCGCGACGUGCGGACUGUCGAUGAAUCAGGGAACCUGGGUGAGCAGGAGGAGGAGGAUGAAAUUCCCGAUAUGGAGGAUGAAGAUGAUGACAAUGAAGCCAUUAUUCGAGGGACUAAAGAGUCUCUCCGCACGUAUACCCUCUACAUCACCUACUCGAACUUCUACCGUACACCCCGUCUCUAUCUCUCCGGCUAUGAAUCGCCAUCCGAGCCCCUCAAACCACACCUGAUGAUGGAGGACAUCGUGGGCGACUACAAAGACAAGACCGUGACACUGGAGGACUUCCCAUGGUUCGACAACAGCGUCAAGAUGGCCAGUGUGCACCCCUGCCGCCAUGCUUCGGUGAUGAAGACACUGCUGGAUCGUGCCGACGCUGCGCUCAAGCUUCGCCGCGACAAGCUCCGGCAGACACAGUCACGCGAGGAAGCGAACCGUGUUUUGCGGUCAGGAGGUGGACUGGAAGGACUGGUCGAUGAGACCCAGGGCCUGUCACUUAGCGGCCAUCAGCAAGCACCUGCUGGUGGCGACGAGUGGGAGAUGCUGCAGCAUGACGAGGAAGAACAGGUCGCUAUCCGGGUUGACCAGUACCUGGUAGUUUUCCUCAAGUUCAUUGCUAGUGUGACGCCAGGGAUUGAGCACGAUUUCACGAUGGGGGUUUGA